CAUGUGCGUCAUAAUAUGUCAAUGAUAAAUUUCAAAGAUUACUCUAACUUUUUUAUUCUCUUUCUAUGACGUGAAAUCUGCGAAGCUGUUCUCCGGUUCAGCGCUGAGCAAUUUUUAUAGAAAAGUUGUUUAUCUCGACCGGGAAAUCGCAACAAAAUGGCAGCCGCUGUGGUGUCGGGCAAGGACAUUGAGAAGCCGCAGGCGGAGAUCUCCCCGGUGCACCGCAUCCGCAUCACGCUCACGUCGCGCAACGUGCGCUCGCUGGAGAAGGUGUGCGCCGACCUCAUCAACGGCGCCAAGAAACAAAAGCUGCGUGUUAAGGGACCCGUUCGCAUGCCGACCAAGGUUCUGCGCAUCACUACCCGUAAGACACCCUGCGGUGAAGGUUCCAAGACAUGGGACCGGUUCCAGAUGAGGAUCCACAAACGGGUGAUCGACCUGCACUCUCCAUCAGAGAUCGUGAAGCAGAUCACCUCGAUCAACAUCGAGCCGGGCGUGGAAGUGGAAGUCACCAUCGCCGACGCUUAGGCAUAACUGCCAAUAUAUUAUUUUGACUACAA